AUGAUUCCACACAGGUACCAGCGCAACUACGUGCUCAAGACCUACAAGCCGGGCAAGGCGCGCGGCGGCGGCGACCGGCUCCGGACCAUGCUCGAGGUCGACGCGCAGAUGCAGGCCGAGUCCAAGGCGCUCGCCGCGCGGUACAACGCGCGGCUCCGGCGCCUCUUCGACGCGGGCGAGUUCGACCGGCGCGCGCCCCAGCCCAUGAAGCUCAAGUGCGUCGACAUGCUCGAGGCGUCGCUCGUCGUCUUCAAAGACCGGCCGGGCCGGCCGUGCUACUUCAUGGAGGCCUACGUCGAGGGCGACUUCGUGAAGCACAACGGCAACGCGGGCUACGUCAACGACCGCGACCACGUCGCGCGGGCGACGCCCCAGGCCUUCAGCCACUUCACCUUCUGCGAGACCGGCGGCGCGCGCCUCGUCGUCGACGUCCAGGGCGUCGGCCAGGGCAGCAAAAGAGAGCGAAAUUCCCAACUUCAAAGGCUCCGAUCUCGGCCGUUUUCCACUCGCGUCGGCGACCUCUUCACGGACCCCCAGGUCCACACGCGCGACGGCGCGGGCUUCGGCGUGGGCAACGGCGGGCCCCGGGGCAUCGCGCUCUUCUUCGCGACGCACCGCUGCAACCGCAUCUGCGGCGCGAUGGGACUCGCGCGGUUCAAACGCCAGGGCGACGGCCUCUUCUGCGAGGCGGCGCCGCCGCGCGGCGCCGAGGCCGCGCACGCCGCGGCCCUGGGGCGGCUCGAGGCCGCGCUCGACGGCGAGGUCUUCGACGACGCCGGCGCCGCGGCCGGCGACGCCGGGCCCGCGCGGUUCCGCGACGGCUCCGACGCGCUCUUCGCCGCGCUGCCCGCCUCCGCGCCGCGGGACCCGCCGCCGGCCGCGGCCCUCAUGCGCGAGGCGCACCGGGCCCUGGGCUUCAUGCUCCUCCACGGCGACGCGACGCUCGCGCGGCCGUCGCCGGCCGCCGCGCUCUACCAUCUCGCGGCCGCCGCGCUCGGCGGCGAGGCCACGGCGCUCGCGUUCCUCGGCGACGCGCGGCGCGAGCGCGACGCGCGCGUCGCGGCGCUGGCGGCGACGCGGGCGGCGCGGGACGCGCGCGCGCGGCGGCGGCGCCGCGAGGACGACGCGAAGCGCGCGGCCGCGGGGCUGCUCCUCGCGCUCGCGCUCUACAACGUCGCCCGGGCCGCCGCCGCCCUGCUCGGUGGCGGGUCGCCCCCAAAGGGCGCGCUCGCGCCCCCGCUGGGCACGGCGUCGCCGCCGAAGCCGUCGCCGCCCAUGGACGGCGCCGCCGCCGCGCUCCUCGGCAAGGCCCCGGGCCGCCCGCUGCCCCGGACGCCCGUGGCGCCCCGCGCGCCGGCGCACGUCGACACGCCGUCCCUGGCGCCCGUCGCCCACGCGCCGCCGGCCCUCGGCGCGCCGCGGUCGCCGCGCGGCGAGCCCCUCGCGGCGCCGCCCCUCGCGGCGCCGCGGUCGCCGCGGUCGCCGCUCGCGCCCGUGAGCCCCAAGCGCGCCGCGCCGCCGGACCACGCGGCGGCGCCCGCGCCGCGCGCGACGUCGGCGCUCGUCGCCUCCGCCGCGCGGCUCCAGCAACAGGAGCGCGCGGCCGGCGGCGCGGCCGCCGCGCUCGCCGCCGCUGCGGGCGACGUCGCCGAGGCCGAGGACGCCGGCGCGGCCGGCGGCCUCGCGGCGGCCGCCGCGGACGUCGCCGAGCGGGGCCGGCGCGAGGCGCGCGCGUCCAUGGUCGACGUGGCCCGCGAGGAGGAGGCGACGCGCUGCGCGACGCUCCGCGCCGCGGCGGCGGACGUCGCGGAGGCCGAGGGCGCGGGCGCGGCGGCCGCCGCCGCCGCCGUCGCCGAGGGCGCCGCGGCGGCCGCGGUCGCGUCCGUCGCGAACAAGCUCUUCGACGCCGCGUCGGCGUCGAGCGACGACGCGCCGGCGCCGGCGCCGGCGGAGGAGGCGGAGGAGGAGGCGGCGGCGCCGCGGCGGCGGCCCGUCGACUGGGCCCCCGUCGACGCCGGCUUCGAGGACGUGCUCCGCCAGCUCGAGGACGCGAACGCGACCUACGCCCACGCGCUCGCGAUCCUGCCGGAGGCGGGCGCGCCGGCGCCCCGCGCCGCGCCGGACUUCGCCAUGAUGAUGGACCGCCUCAGCGCCGCGUACGCCCACGCGACGGACGUCCUCGCGGCGCGCGACGCGCCGCCGCCGCCGCCGCCGCGGCCGGCCCAGCACCGCGUGAAGCCCGACUUCGUCCCCUUCUCGGGCCACGGACGCACGCUCGGGGGGCGGUGGUAA